AUGGGCUCUACAGAAUACACUAUCCCGCCCACGAAGGAAGAGAGACAUCGUGGUCCUACCGACGCUGAAAUCGAAACGGCAAUACAUCCGCUAUUCGAUUAUCUGGACACUAAUAACCAUACUCUCGCAUCGUCAUUGUCUCAUGAUGCCAUGCAAAUGGUCAUGGCCAAAUUAUGGAAACAAAUUCUGAUGACAAUUGAAGCCCUGAUAGUGCCGCCAUUAUCAGACAAACCUUCUCGAAUGAGGGCUUUAGGAGACGGCGAACUUGACAUCGCUUUGAAAUGGCUGAAGUUUCUUCGAGACUUCUUCUAUGUUGGUGGAGACGCUAGUGGAGUUCCAUUGAGCACAUUGCAAAAUGCCAAAUUCAAUGAGAUAUUGUCUGUCAGGAUCUAUUAUGAUUGGAACACUGAUGAUCUCAUGGAGGAAUGUAUCCGAGGGUUUCAAUCGACCUUGAAAUACCGAGCCACCAAGCCUAGCAAGUCACUACUAUCGCAACGAAAUCUCGGUACAAUACGUGCGAGGAAAAGUGCCAAACGAGCUUUACCCAAUUCUAGCAGUAACACAGAAAUGAUCAUGCGGAUUUUACGAAUGAGGCAAGGAACGCAAGAAUUCCUGGCUCAGCAACUGCAAACUAUAUCGGUGGUGAAAUUAGAGAAUCCCAAGAAGGGUCGAAAUAGCCAAUCUCGCUUCUCUAGGUGA